AUGCACCAGACGUUCUGGCGGUACUCUCAGGUACUGUGUGUAAGCGCCAGAACGGAUGGGAACGAGACUAGGCGACCUUGUCCUCAGGGGGAUCCUGCGGUUUGUACGGGCUUCGGCUCGUGCACCGUCUCAAUAUUUCCCUGUCCUGCUUCGGCCCUCGGGCUGGGCAGGCCGUUUAUUUUUGAUUUUGCGAUGUACUAA